UUCUGUCCACACAUAGCGUGGCGGUCUGAGAAGAGUACAUUCAACAUGGCAGCAAGGCGAGUGGCUAGUUGGCAGGGUCCUAAGCUCGGCCACUACGUCCUGCUCUGGACGGUCCUGUUUACGGCACACUGCCGCGCGUUCACCGUGAGGCAGACCAGCGAUGGCGGAGUGGACGUCCUUCUCGACGGGACGCUGCUUCUCCGCCACCAGAGGUCCGACCCCGCCAUCUUGGUCGGGUCGGGGACGACGGUGUUUCGCGAGCUCCACGGGAACUUCAACAUCUCCGACACGGUCGGGCUGAGAGUGCCGCUGCCUGACGUGGACGUCACACAACCCUCCCCGUCUGAGUACAGACUGUUGUUCUCUUCCGGAGGGAACUAUCAGACGGAGAUGACGCUUAUGACUGGGAACGAGGGACACGACCACGUGAUGAACAUCUCGAUCCCAGGGAACCUUGACAGAACGUGGCUUAGGCUUUACGCUGAUGACGGCGAGCAUGUUUAUGGGGGUGGCGAACAGUUCACGUACUUCGACCUGCGCGGCCGGAGCUUCCCAAUCUGGACCCGGGAGCAGGGCGUCGGGCGGCAGCCGGGCACGUUCGUCACCGACGAAGCUAACAGGCGCGACGGCGGCGGGGGAGACUACCACACAACCUACUGGCCACAGCCCACUUUCGUCUCCUCGCGGAGGUACUUCUGCCAUUUUACUACAACAGACUACAUGAUUAUGGACUUCACCGACACCACGGCCCACGUCAUGCAGAUAUGGGGCUCGCCGGGAGUGGUCCAUUUCGGCGCCGCCGCCACCUUUCCGGAACUUUCGGAACAGCUCGGAGCACUGCUCGGGAAGCAGCCGGAACUUCCCGACUGGGUGUACGACGGCGCGAUCCUCGGCGUGCAGGGAGGGACGAGCGAGGUUCUGAGGUACUUAGAACAAGCUGAAGGUCAGGGGGUCAAGGUGAACGCUCUGUGGAUCCAGGACUGGGCCGGGAGGAUCAGGACAUCUUUCGGCAGGCGGCUGUUCUGGAACUGGGUUUGGGACGAGAAUCAGUACCCGGGUCUACGAGAAGAAAUCGUGAGGCAGAAAGAACGAGGAGUCAGAUUCCUGGGUUACAUCAACCCUCACCUCAACAAACUCGGCAACCUGUACGCCAUCGCGGAUUCGCGCGGGUACUUCGUGAAGAACUCCACGGGACAGACGUACAUACAGGACUUCGGCGAGUUCUUCUGCGGGACCAUCGACUUGACCAACCCCGCCGCCUUUCAGUGGUACAAGAACGAAGUCAUCAUCAAGAACAUGAUCGAACUGGGACUGUCCGGGUGGAUGGCGGACUUUGGCGAGUACCUGCCGCCGGAUAUGGUGUUCUAUAACGGUGUGCCAGGACGAGAGAUGCACAACCACUACCCCGCACUCUGGGCCAAGGCGAACAGGGACGCAGUAGAGGAGUCUGGCAAACUUGGAGAGAUAGUGUUCUGGAUGCGGGCUGGCUUCUCUGGCAGUCAGAACUAUUCUGUGAUGUCCUGGGCAGGAGACCAGUUUGUUGACUACAGUCUCGGGGACGGGCUGGCCUCGGUCAUUCCGGCGGCGCUGUCUCUCGGAGUGUCCGGCUAUGGUCUGUCUCACUUCGACAUCGGUGGAUUCACCAGCCUGUUCGGAAUAACCCGUACGGAGGAGUUACUGCUCCGUUACGCAGAAAUGGCAGUCUUCACCCCGAUGAUGCGAACACACGAGGGGAACCGACCAGCUGACAACUGGCAGGUGUACUCCUCCGAUAGCACUCUGCAACACUUCGCUCGACUGGUGGAUGUCCACGUCAGCCUGACGGGCUACAUCCGGGAACUCGUGCAGAACAACAGCCGCUACAACCUCCCCGUCCAGAGUCCGCUGUUCUACCACUACCCGGACGACCCGAUGGUGUACAGCAUCAAGUACCAGUACAUGUUCGGACCGGACGUGUUGAUCGCACCUGUGUACAGGGAAGGUGUGGACACCUGGCAGGUGUACCUGCCCCAGGGGCAUACCUGGGUUCAUCUAUGGAGUGACAACAGCUAUGAAGGUGGUCGAACAGUGACGGUUGACGCGCCACUUGGACAGACGCCAUUUUUCUUCAGAGAGUCUUCUAGAUGGGCAUCCCUGUUCAGGACAGUCGCUAGAGACAACCCUCCUGUGAGUGGAACGAGUCUCAGUAGCUCCAUCCUGCCUUACGUCACGGCUAUAGUCGCCAUACCUCUCUUCUUCUGGUUCCGGCAGCACUGAUUCAACCAAGGACAUUAAUUUUGGUUGCAAAGUUUAAAUUGUGUACUUACGCUUGAACGCAUGUGAAGAUAUAGAAAUAUAAUAUGCACCUAGAUGUAUACUAGGUUUAUACCCUUAAGAUAUCCCAAGGUUGGAUAGUUAAUUUCCAAAUGCACUACCAGGAAAU